ACACCCCUCUGCGGUCAUAAUGACUAAAGCCUUAAAUACCCAGACUCCCAACAUGUGGGCUUUGAGAAGCCCCUCGUGUUGACAGAAAUUACAAUGUCUAUUAACCGCAAAUCAAAGAGUCAUGGCAUGAGGAGGGGCAAACACCGAACUCCUCACAAGGGUGUCAGGAGAGGUGGCAGCAAAGGAAAAUACCAGAAAGGCAAUCUGAAGAGUAGGAAACGGGUCAAAGAUGGUGAGUGGCGGCCAAUCGCAAUUACCGCUCCCACUGUUGAGCAGACAGUGGGCUCCACCCUGGUAAACUUCAAACUCCACCAGGAAGCAAAAAGGGACAACAGAAAGGGGACUGCCAAGGAGACCUGAAAUUAGAGCAAAUUCAGAAAAGACUCUAUCACCUGUCAAGUGUGGGUGAAAUUCCAGUUGUGACCAAAUUCGAAACAUAUAUUGGCUGCUUCUCUUCAACAAUUCAAUAAAAUUUUGAAGAUCGAAA